CGCGGACCCGGUUGCUUCCCGCGCGGCUGUCGCGGGCGCGGGGCGCCAUGGUGUCCGUCACGAUGGCCACCUCGGAGUGGAUCCAGUUCUUCAAGGAGGCCGGAAUCCCCCCCGGGCCCGCCGUCAACUACGCCGUCGGGUUCGUGGACAACAGGAUCCAGAAGAACAUGCUGAUGGACCUGAACAAGGAGAUCCUGAACGAGCUGGGCGUCACGGUGGUCGGAGAUAUCAUCCUCAUCCUCAAGCAUGCCAAAGUGGCUUAUAGGCAGGAAAUCUGCAAGGCAGCCACAGAGUCAGUUGCCUCCAGCCAAACCACCGUGCAGUCUGAACUCCGCAGGAACGCUACCAGUGCUGCCAGCAGGAUGAUUGCAAACAGCCUCAGCCGAGACUCCCCACCUUCCACGCCUGUUCGGAAGCCAGACAGCAGCACUUCAAAGAUCUCUGUCACAGUGUCCAACAAACUGGCUGUGAAGAAUGCCAAAGCAGCUCUUUGUAGCACAGCAGAGGAGACUACUGCUGCAGCCCCAGUGAAGCGUCGCCGGGUCACAGCUGAGAUGGAAGGGAAGUACAUCGUCCACAUGCCCAAGGGCACUACGCCCAAGACCAAGAAGAUCCUGGAGCAACAGGCAGCCAAAGGUUUGCAGAGAACCUCUGUGUUCGACCGACUGGGUGCAGAGACCAACGUGGACACAACCACAGGAAAUAAGCCCACGGGUGUCUUCAGCCGGCUAGGAGACAUGCAGGAGGUAGAGGAGGACAAAGUGGCUGAGAGCGAGGAAGACGACAGCUGUGUCCUGCAGUAUGCUGGGGUGCUGAAGAAACCAUUCCGGCCUUCCACCCCCAAGGAGAGUGCUAAGGACGGGGUGACCAUCAAGGCCAAAGCCACCAGCUCUGAGUCCCAGCCAUUAGGAAGCAAAAGCCUGGCAUGCCCUGCGGCUCUGAGCAAGGAGGCGGAGCUUGAGUCUCCUUCCUGCGGCCACGUGGCCAGGAGGCUAGGCAAGCGGUCCCUGCCAGGGGAGGCCCAGGACAGCAGCGUCACCAGCUCCCGGUCCAGGCCUGACCCCGACCUGCAGGUCACCAUCCAGAGAACUUUGGGCAGUGCCAAGGUAAGCAGCACCUCGGAAGGCCACAGCGCCCAGAUGGAUAACAUGGGGACGGUCAGCGUCUUUAAACGGCUGGGCAGAAGGACAGUGUGAUGCCUUGGGCUGCCCGCCUCUUCACAAGCAUGUGUGUUGGGCCUCGUGUGAGACUGUUUGAGGGUGACGUUUGUUUUUUAAUCCUUCCUCUGGUUAACACAAAUUGUUUCUGGUGCUAUUUCUGGGCGGCUGAGUCUUUGGCUUUCUGCAAAGUUCCAGGUCAUUCCUUCCAGCUGCUCUGCAGGUCCCUGGGCUGGGGAGGCAGACCCUUCUCUGCGCAGAGUUGGGUCCCUUGCGCAUCUGAGUGAUCAUCUCUCAGCAGUGUCUUCCAGAGCUGAGUUGGGCAUCAAGCUGGAUGUGACUUGGGCAGAGAUGAGAACAGGAAUUUCCUGGCAUAGGAGCUCCUGCCAGGCCAGGCUCUAGAGUGCACUAAACGCCCCUUUCUCUGCACCUGUUGUUUCCUUCGGCAGUUCCUUGCUCUUUCCUAGAUGUCGUGCCUUGAGGGCUCCAGAGGAACUGGGCUUGUGAGAUGCUGCUGUUUCCUUUCUAUCCCUUGCUUUUUCUCCAUCCUUUUCCCUGAGCUUUUAUUGUUUUUUUCCUAGUAUCUCUGUUGUCUAGGAAAGGCAACAGAACACUAAUCAGAAAUCCCUCUGGGACCCUCUGCAGGGUCCCAGUUCCAAAUUCUACCCUUUGCAGAAUUUGUAUCUUGUCCCUCUUAAUUUUUUCCUUUCCAGAAAGGGGAUCAUUUUUCAGUAGGAAAGAAGUAUUGUUUGGCUGUUGCAGAAGCUUUUCUGGUGUUGAUCAGAAUUGCAGCUAGGUGGCUUCUGUUCUUCCUGCCCAGAAUCCAGAUAAAGGAUCUAUUUUGUCAGAGGAAAGUGGUUCGGUCUCUCCCCCCCCCCCCAGUCGCGUAUUUGGCUGGAGGUGUCCCCCUCCCCAAUCAAACUGGUGACCUCCUGAAUAUGAGGCACCAAUUGCUGCCUUGGGGACCCCUGAGCACAAGGGGCAAGCACAUUCUCUGUUCUGUAGAUUGCCAGGUGUUUAAUGACACGUGAGAGAUGAGAAGCAAAGCCUGCCUCUGACUUCAGCUGGUGAAUCCUGCCCCUUUCACCAAAUAUUUAUUAUGUAGGGUAUUUAGACUACUUCAUGAUGAGACUGCAAGUCGUCAACAUAGCAAACUCUUGCGAAAUGCCUUGCUGUCCAAGUGCAUCUGUUGUUGCAGGAUUGGUGCCCCCCAUCUUGGUCUGGGGAGGCGUGUGUGUGUGCAUGAGAGAGUCAUGUGCCUGGCUGCUGUGGGCCUGAUCCCUGCCCCCUCCCCCAUUCCAUUGGAGGCUGCUGCUUGCAGCAGGAAGUGGAUGGUGAGGUAGCAAUUGUGAGGCAGUCACCAUGCCUCUGUUCCAGCAGCCGUUUUCAUGUUUGCACCCCAUUCAUAUUGGAAGAGGCCUUGGCUUCAGAGGGGGGUCAUUGUCUGCUGGCAGCCAAGUGGGACCUGCUCUGAAGGUCCUCCUUGCCAGCCUUUGAGUGCCCCAUGCUUGUACCAGCUUGCCUUUGGUUAAGUGAUCUGGAGGGACGGGUCAGUUAAACCACCCAGGAGGCUGCACUGCAGCCAUACUGCUGCAGGACCCACAGGAGGGGCCCACACUUCGGAUGCUGCCUUCAGCAUGCCGGGAGGAGGCAUGGAGGGGUUCCCAAGGGCCACCAAGCCCCUGGUAGUUCCAGGUGGAAACUUUGAUGACAGGAGGUGCAGGAAAUGUGCCCAACUUGGGCAAAACGGGGAAGGAAUUGGAAAUCAAGCCAGCUUGUUUGUGGUCACUGUGUUAAGUUGCCUUUCUGGACUCAGCAGCACAAUAUGGAAGUCCAUGACAAGUUAGCUGGUAGUCCCUCAGAGACACUGGGCUAGAGACAGGUUGCUAGGCCUUUCCUCUUAGGUCUAUCCCAAGUCUUCCUUGUCUGACCACUUGUUUACAUCCCACCAUGCUCUGCUUGACGGCAUCCUCAGGACUAGAUUCUGAUUGGGUCCUAAAUAGGGACCUCACCCUUUCUGUGGUUCUUUCAUCAUUUCUCCCUUUUCAACCAUGGGCAUUUUCAUCCCUGAAAGAAAUUCAAUUUUUCUGUUUUCCCCUCAAAAACGAGAUGUUACAGUUUCACUCCUGAUAUUUUAAUGAGUUUACUUGAGAGCCUUUUUGUGAGAAUAGCAAAAUGACUGUUAGGUUUGUUUUAAAGGUUGUAAAUAAAAGUAAUUUGGAGUUUGAUAACUAGCUGCAUGAAGGGGUGGGGUGGGGAGUUGGAUUUGCAGUGCUGUGCCCCUCUUGCUUGCUGGAAGAUGUGAGUUUUCUUGCAAUAAAGUAUGUUGGUAAUCAUGGUA